CUCACAUACUUGCUGCUGCAUUGGGAGAAGGGCAGCCCCUACGAGACACUGGAUCAGGGCGAGGCGCGUGUACUGACGCAGUGGGAACAGUUUGACGACGGUGAGCAGUACUCACCAACCAAGAAAUUCUUCCUCGUGGUGCCGAUAGUAAUGUAA